AUGCAUAAAUCUCCCAUUCAUAUUCAGGCAAAGAUUGCAUGUCUAGUCUCAGCAAGGCCUGAACCCCGCAUUAUUUGGACCCGUGAUGGUGUUGAAAUUGCAGGAGGAAAUACUGCAACAUUUAAAAGAGGUAUAGAACAACAACAUCGUUACAAAUUGAGUUUGAGUAGAGUUUCUGGUGCUAUAGACGAGUUUGAAUCAGUUCUAAGUCUGGACAGUGUAGAGGAACACGAUUACGGCAUUUUUGUCUGUGAAGCUAGCAAUGGGGCUGGAAGAAGGAAAAGUUCUGUGGAAAUUAGGUUUCAACCUAAAGGCCUUCCACAAACCCCUAUCUUUGCAAAACAACUUCAAUCGGGAAUUGACUGGAUUUUGUUGGGUUGGCGGCCAGGUUUUGAUGGUGGGGAGAAGCAAACGUUGGAAUUGGAACUUAGGGCUGUAGACCCUUUUACUGGAAGGCCAUCGAGUGAGAAUGAGCCAGAACAUAUUGUUUUUGGAUCUGGAAAUUGGACAACACUUUCUUUGUUUUUGGUAAUUUUUGAGUGGAUUUUUGAAGGGCUUUUUGGAAUCCUAGUGGAAUCCUCUAAAAUCACAUGA